GGCAGCGACGCGCGAUGGGGAGGACGGCGACGACGACUGCGGCGGUGCUGCUCCUGGCGCUCGCGGCGGUCGGCGGCAACAACGACCCCUCCUGCCGGCGCGACGUGUGGGCCCGCCUCAAGGCGCGCAUGAUCGCCGACCUUGACCGCUGCGUCGCCGGCGACGGCUGCAGGCUCGCGCGGGACCUGGUGCUGAGCCGCGUCGGCAACCACUCGGCGCCUCCUCUCCCCCGGGAGCUCGACGUCGCGCUCAAGGGUAUCCCCAGCAAGGGCCUGCUGGACCUGGUGCUGCUGAAGAAGUCGCUGGACGUGUUCCGCAGCCACGCGCUCACCUGGCGGGCGGGCGACCGCGUCAACGUGACGGUGUUCCGACACGACGAGGGUCGCGGCCGCAUGGACCUCGCCGUCAGCAUGCUGGUGGACGGUCGCUCCGCGGACGGCAGGACCUUCGGCGCCCGCAAGCGCAUCGCGAUGGUGCUGCUGCCCAUCGUGUUCAAGCUGGGCGUGAUGUCCACGCUGCUGGUGGGGCUGACGGUGCUGGUGCUCAAGGGGCUGGCCAUCGGCGUUAUCCUGCUGGUGCUGGCCUUCGGCAACCUGUUCGGCAAGGCGGCGCACCACCAGCCGCACGGCUGGGCGCCGCCGCCGCCACGGGACGUGCACGUGCACGUGCACGUGGACGGCCCCCAGCUGCAGCCCGCAUACCACGGCUGGCACGAGCCGCACUCGCACGUCGAGUACCCGCCGCACGCCGGCUACGACCGAGCCGGCCGCGGGGACGACGACCCCCGCUCCGCCUCCUUCUGAUUGGCGGACACCGGAAAAACUCGCGGAUUUCACUUCGCGAUAGGCUGAAAUUUCAAACGUGCGUGCAUUUCUGCUGGUUCUGCUAUUGGCUCGCGGUUUGACUGGAGCUCCCUGGGCCGACGAGAGACUAAAGUAUCGACCAAAGGAGCGUCGAAUCACAAGCUACCCAGUGGAGACGCCUCACAAUUUAGUAACCCAACGAACACGCGUGUUUACUCGAGAAAUGCAGAGGAUAAUGGAGGCUAUCCUAAAAGGUCAUUGAAUCCGCGAAUUUUCCCUGGGCCCUACUGAUUGGUUCCUCCCCCCCCCCCCCUCACUUCCCCGUGACUUUCCAGCUCUUUAGCGUGGCCGGCACUAGGCCGAACAUCACUAGACCGAAAGGCACUAGAUCGAAGAGCACAGACCAAAAGUCGUUCAGCCGAAAGACACUAGGCAGAAACGCGUUAAAUCGAAAGUCACUAGACUGAAAGUCAUUUAGCCAAAAAGCACUAGACCGAAAGGCAAUAGAAAAAAGGCACUAGUCCAAAAGGAAAUAUAACGAAAUAAACUAGACCGAAAACCUGAAAAUUUAUUUUGCUAGGAACAUGUCUUAACUCUGGCAACAGGAACUAGACCAAAAAUUAUAUAUAUAUAUAUAUAUAUAUAUAUAUAUAUAUAUCGCUGGUAAUAUAUCUUAAUUCUAGCAACAGUCACUAAACCAUAAGCCACUAGAUCUAAAGGCUUUAGACCGGAAGCCCUUUCUCCGAAAUUUCUGUCAAAUAACUUUCUUUCUGACACCUGUUAUCCGCUCUCGUCUUCCUUCAUCGGACCACUUUUAACACGUAAAUGAUCAGAACAAGUCCCAAAGUUAUUUAAUAUUUUUUUUUACAAGGCUGCCGUUUCUAAACUUCUUUGUCACCCAUUAGAAUGAUUUUCAAACAUUCUGGACUAUCACUUGUAUCAGUUCCGUGUUUUUAAAUUAAACAUGAUCAAUCCGAAAUUGAACGAAAAAUUUCGGCUGGAAGUUCGUCACCACAAAAUAAAUUAAAAACGUCAUUACGACUUAUGUUCUGAGGUGCUUUCCUAGGUUGAGAUUCACCUUUGAUGUAGGAAGCUGAACACAUUUUUACUGUAAAUAUUAGGGAAAGUAUUUAAAACGGAAACCUGAGAGUCUUAUUUAUAAUUAAUUUGAGUUUUACAACCACCGCGAAUUUUGUCACUGUAGAAAAAAAAAUUUCAUUUCAAUAAUUGGGAGUGACACCAGUGAUUUCAUAUAAUUUUGAGACGUGUCACUACCCCAAUUAUUUCAAUGAAAUAAUUUUGUUACACACACAAAAUUCGCGGUGGUUGUAAAACUUCAUUUAACUAUAUAUAAUCCACAAGCUCAGUGUUCCGUUUUUAAAACUUUCUUUUUGUUUGCAAUAAUAAUGUUGUUUAUCUCCAACUUCAGAUACGUAUAAGAUCCUUGGGAAGCACUUUAGACAAUAAUUCGUAUUAUAUGUAUUGAAUUAAUUUUGUCGUGAUGAACCUGCAGCAGAAAAGUUUCAGUGGAAUUCAGAAUAAUUCUGUAUAGUGCAACCACUUCGUAUUAUUUCUGUCCUAACGUUAACAGUCUUUGAAGGAGCGUGGGAACAGAAUUUGUUAUUCCCUGAACCGUUGAAGGAUCUCGGUGUUCUUCACCUAUGCUUUCACCACGAAGAUUUGUCGAAUACAAAAUAUUGAGAAAACUGACGGCCCCUCGAUACCUCUUGACUGUUUAGAUAUGUGUUCCAUCUGACGUGUGCCAAUGUCAGUAGGUAAAUAAAUGCCUUUCUCAUUACGAGUUAAUAAAGGUAUACGGCAAGGCUUCUAGGAAGGUAAUUGCAGCCCGGAUUCUGCAAAAAAAAAAAAGAAUGUGUUUAUGUGCAUGAUACGUCGAGGAGUAUUACUUAUAGGGUAGUACCUUUGAAUAUAUAUACUGUAUAGAAGUCGC